UUGUUGAGUUGGGCUGGGAUUAGCGGAGGCGAAUGAGUUUCAAUUUUACUGGAUUACAGAACAAAGAAAGGGGAAAGGGGACACUCUCCUCCGUUAAAGAAAAGGGAAAGAAACGGGCAAAACUGACGAAUAAUCUAGUCGACAAUAUUUUUAAACAAGCGAUGGCAACAAAAUAAUGCUUCGGAUUACACGGUUUCGGGACCUCAGUAACGGUAUAUCAUAUAUGGGGAAAAUCUACCAAGCAGUUUCAAUUGGAUUAAAGGGAGAAUAAACCUGCGUGUAUUCCGGGAUUGACAGCAUAAUACAUUAUAAACGGUCAUUUUGGGAGGAAUGGCGCAGGUGCGGAAGUCAGGGUGCGACGGGAUCCGGACAAACUCCCGUGCUGAGCUGCGGGUCCCCCAGGUGUCAGCGAGGCAGGAGAUCCUUACCAGCUUGGUGUCUGCCCUGGAUUCAGUGUGCUCCGCCAUGUCCAAACUCAAUGCCGAGGUGGCGUGCGUCACAGUGCACGAGGACAGUGUGAUCGCCGUGGGGACCGAGAAGGGAAGGGUCUUCCUCAACUCCAGGAAGGAAAUACAGACUGACUUCCACAAGUUUUGCAGAGUGCCCAGCCUACAGACGUUAACUGCAUCGAGUGCUCACACCAAAGCCCAGGACAGCGACGCUGCCAAGAUGGGCAAAGACGGGCACGCGGUGCAGCGUGCCACAUCCGAGUCCCAAUCCAACAUCUUUGUCCUGAGGAAGAUGGUGGAGGAAGUCUUCAGCGUUCUUUAUAGUGAGGCCAUUGGGAAAAGCAGCCUGGUGCCUGUGCCUUAUGAGUGGAUCCUGAAGGACCCCAGUUCCGUGGCUGUCCAUGGCCUGCCGGAUGGAAUCACCCUGAGGAAGCCUGCUGACUAUGACACCAAGACCUUAAUGAAAAUCCUGGAGCAGAGCAACCGUAUUCGCUUUACGGUUAAAAGACCCCUGGACGAGCCUUCCCGAGACGCCAAGUCCUGCCCGGAUCUUAACCACAGCUCCUCUGGCACCAAGAGCCUGGCCAACCAUGCCCCUGUCAAGCUCACUGGCCAGGAGACGUCCGCCAACAGCUCCAUGCUCUCCAGCUUCCUGUACGGCAUGCCGAUGUCCUCCCAGCCUCACCCGGAAGGGAAGCUGGAGCUGAAGCCCACCUCCCUCCACACCAUCAGCAAAGACCGGCCAGCCGCCUGGGCGCCAGGAGCAGAGAAGCUGACCCCAGCCAAGGACUGUGCUGACAACGGUGAACGGUUAGCGGUGCCUGCAGAUCGGGGCCACAGCCCCCCUGGCAUUCAUGUGUCCAAGCGGCUGCUGUUCUCCAUCGUGCACGAGAAAUCAGAAAAAUGGGACACAUUUAUCCGUGAGACAGAGGACAUCAACACAUUAAGGGAAUGUGUGCAGAUCCUGUUCAACAGCCGCUAUGCUGAGGCGCUAGGAUUGGAUCACAUGGUUCCUGUGCCAUACCGGAAGAUCGCCUGCGAUCCAGAGGCCGUGGAGAUCAUCGGAAUCCCGGAUAAGAUCCCCUUCAAGCGACCCUGCACGUACGGGGUCCCCAAACUGAAGCGCAUCCUGGAGGAACGGCAUGGAGUGCGCUUUGUGGUCAAAAGAAUGUUUGAUGAAAGGAUUUUCACAGCUGCGGGGAAGGUGUCGAAGGAGGAGAGCAAGCAGGAGGUGGGGUCGCCGUCUGAGAGCAGCUUCGCGGAGACACCCAGGGUGCAGCCGGGCUCCCAGGAGGUGGUCAGCAAUGCCCACAGCAGCAGAUCAACCAGCUCUUGUGUGAGCCCCUUAGCAGAUUGUGAAGCAGGGCCUUCGGGAGAUUGUAUCCCCUUGAAAAAGAUUAAAACUGAGCCGCCAGAUGGGGAAAUUAUUCAAGUGACAGUACCUGAUGCCAGUGUCUCUGCGGAGGAGCUGAGUGAAUCUCUGGCCGACACUGUGCCCCCUGAGAGCCGGCGCCCCCUGGAGCCCCCCGCAGCAGAGGCAGUAUCGGACGCAUCCACACCCCAAGGUCCCAGGAGGUCUGUUGAAGUUCAUUUCAGCUCUCGUGUGGAGAAGAUCACAGUCAGUCCUCUUUCUACGCUCUGCACUCUUUCAGAGGAUCUCGGUGAAAUGAUCCUUCGGCUUCGGAAGCAAGUGGAAAGCCUCUUUAGUGCCAAGUACACUGAAGCUCUGGGCCUGCCAGAGCCCGCCAGGGUGCCAUACUCCAAGUUCCAGAUGUACCCAGACGAUCUGUUUGUCAUCGGGCUCCCUGAGGGCAUGUCUUUCCGCAGGCCCAACUGCUUUGGGGCAGCGAAACUACGCAAGAUCCUGGCAGCCAGUGAUCAAAUCCGGUUUGUCAUCAAGAGGCCGGAACUGUUAACUGAUCCAGUUAAACACGAGGCUCCUCCCCUCUCAGCCUGUAACCCAGUGGCAGACCUUGACUCUAAAGACAAUGUGCUGGAAGAUGCUGGGGCUGCAUCAAAAAGGCCAGGCUACUCAGACAGCUUAGAGGCUAAACUGUCCAGAAUUGACUUGGCCAACACCCUGAGGGAACAGGUCCAGGAUCUGUUUAACAGAAAAUACGGCGAGGCGCUUGGCAUUAAGUACCCUGUCCAGGUGCCCUACAAGCGGAUCAAGAGCAACCCUGGAUCUGUGAUCAUCGAGGGCCUUCCCCCAGGCAUACCAUUCAGAAAACCCUGUACCUUUGGGUCCCAGAACCUCGAGAGGAUUCUGGCUGUGGCUGACAAGAUCAGCUUCACCAUUACCAGGCCUUUUCAAGGACUUAUCCCAAAACCAGCACCUCGACGGAUCACCUUAUUAAAAAAGGCCUACGCCUCAAUAAGUGAUGAUGAAGAGGUUAAUCGUAUGGGGGAGAAGGUCAUUCUCCGGGAGCAAGUAAAGGAGCUCUUCAACAAGAAAUACGGUGAGGCUUUGGGCUUGGACCGGUCUGUCCUGGUACCAUACAAGCUGAUCCGUGCCAGUCCAGACUCUGUGGAAGUUUCAGGUCUUCCAGACGAUAUACCCUUUCGCAACCCAAACACUUAUGACAUCACGCGCUUGGAGAAAAUCCUGCAGGCUCGGGAUGACAUCACCAUCAACAUCAAGAGCCAACUACAACCUUUUGCAGAAAUUUGUACCCAAACCUGUAACACGGCAGGUAAGGAAGGCUCCAGCAAUAGGCGCAAACGCAAAAGAGUACCGGACAGCAGCCAAGUGUCUACGCCCCCAGGGGUGGAGUCAGGAGUAUCAACAAAUCAGAUUCCUGUGAUGCAAUGGCCUAUGUACAUGGUGGAUUACAGCGGGGUGAAUGUGCAAGUUCCUGGAAAAGUCAAGUACUAGCAGUCGCAGACCAAUGGAAACUCUCUGCUAAAAUAAAAGGACAACUGAGAGGAGGAAGUAAAAAAAAUACGUAUAACCAUGACUCCAGUAUCUGCUUUUUUAGAGUGCUGUUGCUACCAGCCUGUCUGACUGAGGAACUAUAGCCCAAAUUAGUGGAAAUUUUGCUUAAUAAUAUGUUGGAAGAUACAUUUUAUUGCUUUAGGUCAUUGAAGGCUUGUGAGUGUGAAGGUUUGUGUCAGAGCUAAGAAAAGUACCAGGAGAGUAGCAGGAUAAGCUCAUGUCUGUCAUUUGUUCGUAACAAAAAUUCAGAAGUUAGCUCUGUGCUUGAAAGACACUAAUUGAAAAGGUUCUUGGCUGUAGGGACAACUGUGUCUGCUCAGAAUCAGCUGAAUGUGUGGCAUAUAAUUCUCUGUUCAUUUUAUGGAUUUUUCCAUUUUUAAAUGCUCCAUCAGAGUCAAUGUUCUCCUUCUCACUACAUAAUUAUCCACUGUCUUUUCAGAUCUUUAUGCCAGAUCCUUUUAAGAGGUUCAAAAAUAUGUGUUCAUCUACAGCUACAGCAAAAUGGUCUAAAGCACGUAGGUGAAAUAUUUUCUCAGAUGCAGCCCAUAAAAAACAAA